AGUAUUCAUCGCCCAUUUUCGUCUUUUUAAUACGAAUUUCGGGCUAAAAUAGUAAUUUUAGUCCGCAAACGUCCAUUAGUGUUAAAUUAAAUAAGCUAUUCGAAAUGGCGUAUUGCCGCUUAGCGUCUAUCAUUGUCGUUUUCAGCGUGGUACAGUGUAUAGCUACGGUGCAGGUCCCCGUGUUUUUAUGGGGCAAUUUGGCGCAGGUUUCGCAAAAAUCUAACCCAUUAACAAAGGUAACGUUCCCGGAAUUCGGUCUGUUGCUUAAACACGAGCUUCAGAAGGAUCCAUUUACAGUUAUUUUCAUCGAGGAAACUUUGUCUGUCGAAGACUUUUCGUUGAAAAACAACGAUGGUGAGUCGUCUUUCCCGUAUCUGCAUUCUAUAAUUGGGAACGCGUUAUAUAUACCGUCAGUUGAAAACCCACUACGUGUGCUUAACAAGCUUGCGGACCCUGAAAAUGUUGAUCACAUCAAACUCACUGAAAAUGGUCUCUCUGCCGAUAUCGUACCGCAGAGUGGAAAAUACUUAUUUAUCAACCUCAAGGACGCACAAGAAGGUGAAUCAAGAUCCGACCUCCUUCGCAGACAUAAUGACUUCAUGCAAUCAACAUUGGAAAAUCUAUCGGCCAAAUACAAUUCUAUAGUCUCUAUCUACACAGCUCAUUAUCCAUCCUGGACAGUACCCAUGUCAAGAAUGAAACGACAGACCCAAGCACAGACUAAUGAUUACCAUAUCAGCGGUCUGCGUAUUUAUUUCUCACGAGUUAUAUUCAACAAUGGUUAUGGAGAAAGCAAUUUGACUUAUGCGGGGUCCGGUGAAUCUGUUUUUAAUGAUGGAACACAGAACAGCACUUUGUUAUUUAACGAUAAUACCAAUGUUACCUUGAAUUUCGUUAGCAAGGGAGGAUAUUGGAUGUUCAACUCCAUUGAGGUAAAAUUGGCUAAUGAUUCAGAAUAUAUCCCAGCCACAACUGAAGUGUAUGCUCUUCUUGACAAUUCCUAUCGCUGUGGACAAAAUGUUACCUUCAGUCCCAUCAAUGUGACAAGGUCUUAUAGCUUGGUCUUCCAGGACUUGAAGGUCCAACCUUACUUCAACGUCACAGAAACAGUGCCCGCGUGGGGCGAAUCCUUCAACUGUGUUGGUUUCUUCAGCGCUCCCAUCUGGGCAGGCCUGUUCGUGGUUGCCAUUCUUCUGUCUAUCACAUUCUAUGGCAUCAUGAUGAUGAUGGAUAUCAAGACCAUGGACCGUUUCGACGAUCCCAAGGGUAAGACCAUUACAAUUAACUCUGUUGAUUAAGCCACAAAUCAAACCCAAUAGAUAGUUUUUUUUGCAAAAUUGUUCAAAAAUUAUUAAUUAUUUUUUGUAAAGGACUCACCAGUUAUAUUUGGACUCUCGUACAUUCGUAAACUUUCAAAAGUAAAUAACAUUCACAGCAUUUUCUGGGUUCAAAAGUAACUGGUUAGUUCGUAACCUGAGUUUCUAUAGUAAUACAAUAAAUGUUUCCAUUGUAUGAUAACUAAAGGUGCCUUCAAAUUGACGCUUAUAAAAGCCCUGCAGUUUAAAAGCGCAAUUGCAGCACUACUGUCAUGACUCGCGCGCGCCACUAUUGCAGACUAUUAUGGAUAUUGUAUGAAAAUUUAGUGCUCCAACAAGCGUCUAAAUUUGAAGGCGCCUUAUGAGGGAUUGUAUAGUAGAUAUGUCAUCCGUUCUUGGCAUAAAAUGUUUUAUGACAAUUUAUGUCAAAUACAGCUGACAUAAGUGUUCAUUUUGAAUAAAUUAUAAUUUUUUCUGACGACAAUAGAUAGAGGCCGUAAAUAAUUUUUACAUAAAAAACGCGAAGGUCAUUUACUCCAGUAGUUAUAUAUUAUUAUUAACAAAAAUAUAUGUAAAAUUAUUAUAUUGUUAUUAGAUAUAUUGAAGUGUGCCUCAGACAAAAAACAGCUUACAAUUGCGAUUUUAGCCUAAGAUUUAGAUUAGAUGCUAAGAGAAAAACGUGAUUGGACAAUUUUAAAAAUAUUACCGCCUUUUUAUAAACUUAUUUGAGAAUUGUAGAGAUGAUGAAGAUUAAAAUGGCGGCAUGGCAAUCAUUGCAGAUUUGAAAAAAUAAUAAUUUGACCUAUUUUUCACUUGUGGACGUAUAAACCAAUUUCUUGCAUAUAUAAAAAAAAAACCUAACCAAAAAUGUGCCUAUUUCGUAGAGUACAGAUAAAACAUUGUGUGUAUGUGAUACAUAGAAAAAUAUGUAGAAUAAAUAUAAACUAGAAAGCUUUUUAAGUCUAGAUUGCAAUGGCCUUAAUAAUUUCAAUUAAUUGUCAAAGAAGUCUGACGAGGAAAUAGAAAGAUAUAAAAAA